AUGAGCGUAGCCACCCAAAAUCCGGCGGGAGUGCCCGUCCCUCCUGCCCAUGAGCAUCAGCCACAGCCACAUGCCGCGUCCAAAUCGAUACAGUUACCACCAUCACCACCAGAGACCGUGAACGGAGACGACACCAAGUCUACCACUUCGACAUCAGAAUCAGACUUUCCGCUUCCACCACCAGCAAAUGCUCCACCACAAGUUCUGGACGUUGAUAAACCCACUCCGGACGCGCAUGUACCAAGAGACCCCAGACUAAUCCGGCUAACGGGUGUUCAUCCUUUCAACACCGAAGCACCGUUAACGGACUUGUUCAACGAGGGUUUCUUGACUAGCCCAGAGCUGUUCUAUGUGCGAAACCAUGGCCCAGUGCCUGAUGUACAGGAUGCAGAGUGUCUUGAUUGGGAGUUCUCGGUUGAAGGUCUGGUAGCCAACCCCCUCAAGAUCACGUUGCGACAGUUACUUGAGGAAUACGAGAAUGUCACAUAUCCUGUAACUCUAGUCUGUGCCGGUAACAGGCGGAAAGAGCAAAACGUCGUGAGGAAGAGCAAAGGAUUUUCUUGGGGCCCAGCCGGCGUUUCAACAGCGUUGUUCACUGGUGUGGUCAUGAGAGACAUCAUUGAGCGAGCGAAGCCACUACGGAAAGCGAAGUACGUGUGCAUGGAAGGUGCUGACAAACUUCCCAACGGAUACUACGGCACAUCGGUGAAACUUAAUUGGGUCAUGGACCCAAACCGGGGCAUCAUGUUGGCGCACAAGAUGAAUGGCGAGAUGCUGCGACCUGAUCACGGCAAGCCGUUAAGAGCCGUGAUACCGGGACAGAUUGGUGGCCGAAGCGUGAAGUGGUUGAAGAAGUUGAUCGUCACGUCUGAGCCAAGCGACAACUGGUACCACAUUUACGACAACCGAGUGCUACCUACCACUGUCGACCCAGACGAGGCAGCCAAGAACGCGAAGUGGUGGAUGGACGAUCGCUACGCCAUCUAUGAUCUCUCACCCAACUCGGCUAUUGCAUGUCCCGCCCACGAAGAGAAGCUGGCCUUAUCUUCAAGUCCCGAGUCGUACAACGUCCGGGGUUACGCCUACAGUGGCGGUGGACGACGCGUGACAAGAUGCGAACUAUCGCUCGACAAGGGAAAGACAUGGCGACUUGCGAAGAUCGAUUACGCAGAAGACAAGUACCGGGCCUUUGAAGACCGACAACUAUACGGCGCAAGAUUGGACAUGGACUGGCGCGAAACGAGCUUCUGCUGGUGCUUCUGGAAUCUGGAGAUUAGCACUGCCGAGCUGAAAGAGGCGGAUGAUAUCGUGGUGCGGGUGAUGGACGAGGCGAUGUGCGUUCAGCCAAGAGACAUGUACUGGAGUGUGUUGGGUAUGAUGAACAACCCAUGGUUCCGGAUAGUUAUUCACAAGGAAGACGACAUACUCCGAUUUGAGCACCCGACGCAACCCGCGUUGAUGCCUGGUGGCUGGAUGGAGCGCGUCAAGAAGGCCGGUGGAAAUCUCACGAACGGAUACUGGGGCGAGAAGAUUGGAGGUGAAGAGCCAGAACAUGCUGCCAUCGAGGAGGCGAAAGAGAUCAAAAUGACGAAAGAUGGGGUUGACAAGGUCAUCGAGAUCGAUGAGCUGCGGCAGCACGACAAGGCUGAGAACCCGUGGUUCAUAGUCAACGGCGAAGUCUACGACGGCACUACUUUCCUGGAAGGCCACCCGGGUGGUGCGCAGAGCAUCAUAAGCGCAGCGGCCCAGGAUGCUACAGAUGAGUUUAUGGCGAUUCACAGCGAAACAGCCAAAGCCAUGAUGCCAGACUAUCACAUCGGCACGCUUUCAGAAGCCUCCCGCAAACUCCUUUCAGAACCCGAACACAUCCCCGAAUCCACCACCCCGCGCCCCAUCUUCCUCGACUCCCGCAACUGGCGCAAAACCCUCCUCCACUCCAAGACAAAAGUCUCCUGGGACACACGCAUCUUCCGCUUCAAGCUCGACCAUCCGGACCAAGCGCUCGGCCUACCCACCGGCCAACACCUCAUGAUCCGUCUCCGCGAUCCCGUCACUCGCGAAGCCAUAAUUCGGUCCUACACACCCAUAAGCCAAACCACGCAAACCGGCUACUGCGACGUUCUCAUCAAAGUCUACGCCGACACACCCCACCGCGCGGGCGGCAAAAUGACAAAAGCCCUCGACUCCAUCCCCACAGGCCACUGGGUUGAUUUCAAAGGCCCCAUUGGUAAAUUCGAGUACCUAGGUCGCGGUCUAUGUGCCGUCAACGGAAAAGAGCGGCGAGUGAAGCGUUUCUUCAUGAUCUGCGGCGGCAGUGGCAUCACGCCCAUCUUCCAGGUCUUACGCGCUGUCAUGCAGGACAGAGAGGAUGAGACGCAUUGCACUGUUCUCAACGGCAACCGGCUGGUAGAAGAUAUACUGUGCAGAGAGGAUUUGGAUGCUUUUGCCAAGGACAACACGGAGAGGUCCUUUACACACAUCAUGGCUGAGACGGAGCCAAUCGUCACACAUGGCAUCGAGCCUUCAUCUGGCGAAUCACACUCUCCACCUGGCGACCGCCAUGUCACAGCGACAUGGGGAUCGAAAGACGGGAACAUAUCGAAUGCGGAGUGGAACGAUGCGGAAGCUAACAAGCUGCCUGAGAAGGUAGCUGAUUUGGAGAAGAAGGGCGAGAUAAAUGAUCAACACCCACGGAAGAAGAUUGUGGUUGUUGGAUUGGGUAUGGUGGGCAUUGCAUUUAUUGAGAAACUCAUGAAGUACGAUGUGAAGCGGAGAGAGUACGACGUGGUUGUCAUUGGCGAAGAACCACAUCUUGCAUACAACCGCGUCGGCUUGACGAGCUUUUUCCAACAUCGGAAAGUCGAGAACUUGUAUCUCAACCCCAGGGAAUGGUAUGCAUCAAUGCCGGAAGGCUCGCUGAACUACCAUCUCAACACCCUCGUUACCGAAAUCGACUCCACCGAAAAGAACGUUAAGACCUCAUCCGGCGAAACGGUACCUUACGAUAUCUUGGUCCUGGCAACAGGGUCCGACGCGCUCCUCCCUCGACAUACACCCGGCCAUGACGCGAAUGGCGUAUUCGUAUACCGCACAAUCGAAGACCUACAAAGACUCAUCGAGUUUUCUUCGACAAGGAAAGGUACAACAGGCGCCGUGGUUGGUGGUGGUCUGCUAGGUCUGGAAGCCGCACACGCGAUGAUGGACCUUGAAGAUUUCGCGAAAGUGAAGCUCAUUGAGCGGAAUCGAUGGGUGCUAUCGAGACAACUGGAUGGCGAUGCGGGCGGUAUGGUCGUCGAACAGGUCCGCGCUUUGGGCUUGGAUGUCAUGCUAAGCAAGAGAGUGGGCAAGAUCUUGACAACCGAGGACAACUUCGUCAAGGGUGUGGUGUUUGAGGACGGUGAUGAGAUGGAGUGCUCGUGCAUUUGCUUCGCGAUCGGUAUCAAAUCAAGAGACGAGCUCGCCCGGAAAGCCGGUAUCAAAUGCGCCGAUCGAGGAGGUGGUAUCGUAGUCGGCCCUGACCUAGCGACUUCACAACCGGACAUCUACGCCGUAGGCGAAUGCGCCAGCUGGGAGAAUCAGACAUUCGGUCUCAUCGCCCCUGGUGUUGAGAUGGCAGAUGUCCUCGCCUUCAACCUCACACAAGCGAAAGCACACGCGCCGCGCAAGUUCAAAGCACCGGAUCUAAGCACUACGCUCAAGCUGCUGGGCGUCGAAGUCGCGAGCUUCGGUGACUUUUUCGCGGAUCGCGACGGUCCGAAGAAUAUGCCUGGACGGCCGCGAGCUGAGAAGAAAGAUGCCAACGGAGCGACGCCGAGAGAUCGAGUUAAGAACCUGACGGACGGACCAGCGCCACCACCAGUCAAGGCUUUGACGUACAAGGACCCAUUCCAGCAAGUGUACAAGAAGUAUCUGUUUACAAUGGACGGAAAGUACCUGUUGGGUGGCAUGAUGAUUGGCGACACGAAAGACUACAUCAAGCUGGUGCCCAUGGUGAAGAACGAGAAGCAGCUGGAAAUGGCGCCAAGUGAGCUUAUCGUUGGUGCGCAGAAGGGCGACGACGACGGUUCAGAUCUGUCCGGCGACACACAGAUCUGCUCAUGUCACAACGUUACGAAGGACGAUGUGGUCAAUGCCACCAAGGACGGAACAUGCAAGAGCAUCGGCGACGUCAAGUCUUGCACCAAAGCCGGCACCGGAUGCGGAGGCUGCAUGCCGCUCGUACAGACAAUCUUCAACAAGACCAUGGCUUCCAUGGGCAACGAAGUCAAAAAUCACCUCUGCCCGCAUUUCGAGUACUCGCGCGCCGAUCUCUUCAACAUCAUCUACGUCAAGGGCCUGAAGGAAUUUGCUGCCGUCAUGAAAGAGGCUGGAAAAGAUCCAAACUCCUUGGGUUGCGAAGCCUGCAAGCCGACCAUUGGCAACAUCGUCGCUUCGCUGUACAACAAGCAUCUACUUGAAGUUAACAACAGGGGUCUACAAGAUACCAACGACAGAUUUCUGGCCAACAUCCAACGCAACGGCACCUUUUCGGUUGUUCCGCGAGUCUCAGGUGGUGAGAUUACCCCGGAGAAGCUGAUCGUCAUCGGUACCGUCGCGAAGAAGUACAACCUCUACACCAAGAUCACCGGUGGCCAGCGUAUUGACAUGUUCGGCGCACGGAAACAAGACCUCCCCGACAUCUGGCAAGAGCUCAUCGAUGGUGGAAUGGAGUCUGGUCACGCAUACGCCAAGUCACUACGAACAGUCAAGUCAUGUGUCGGUACUACAUGGUGCCGAUUCGGCAUCGGCGACAGCGUGGGCAUGGCUGUGCGUCUAGAAGAGCGCUACAAGUCCAUCCGUGGACCCCACAAGAUCAAGGGUGGUGUGUCCGGCUGCGUACGCGAGUGCGCUGAAGCACAGAACAAGGACUUUGGUCUCAUUGCAACUGAGAAGGGCUUCAACAUCUUCGUGGGCGGCAAUGGUGGCGCGAAGCCACGACACUCGGAGCUACUCGCCAAGGACGUACCACCAGACGACGUGGUGCCCAUCCUCGACCGCUACCUCUCUUUCUAUAUCCGCACAGCCGACAAGCUCCAAAGAACAGCGCGCUGGAUGGAGAACCUCCCCGGCGGCAUCAAGUACCUCCAAGAAGUCAUCCUCGAAGACAAGCUAGGCAUCUGCGCAGAUCUCGAGAAGCAGAUGGAAGACCUCGUCGGCACCUUCUUCUGCGAAUGGACCGAAGUACUCAAAGACCCCAAGAAGCGUUCCUGGUUCUCCCAAUUCGCAAACACAUCCGAAACCAUCGUCGACACCAUCGAACCGACCCAAGAGCGCGGCCAAGAACGGCCCUCAUACUGGCCCAAAGACUCCAUCACAGAAGACUUCCGCGGCACAAAAUGGACAGAACUAUCCUGGCAGCCCCUUGUCAAAGCCGAAGAGUUCAAAGACGCAGACACAGGCGACAGCAAGGCCAUCAAGCGCGGCGACACGCAACUCGCCGUCUUCAAAGUCCGCGGUAAAUACUACUGCACCCAGCAAAUGUGCCCGCACAAGCGCGCCUUCGUCCUCUCCGACGGCCUCAUCGGCGACGACCUCGCCAACAACAAACUCUGGGUCAGCUGCCCGUACCACAAACGCAACUACGAACUCUCCGGCGACAACGCGGGCAAAUGCGCAAACGACGAGAGCGUUAACAUCGCCGUCUUUCCAAUUGAGGAACGCGGUGAUGGCUGGUUGUAUGUCAAGUUGCCCAGUGUGGAGGAACUGGAUAGUGUGCUUGGUACGAGUAAGUUUAAGAUCAAGAAGAGUGAGACGGAAGAUCCGUUUGUGGCGCUGGAUAAGAAGUUGCAGAGGAUGCAGUUGAAGGGACGGAAGGGCAUGCAGGUUUCGCAUCUUGAGGGUGGGUUGGGAGAGAAGGCGAAGGCGGCGCAGAUACUGGCUGGUGGCGAGAGGGGGGCUGGGGGCCUGGACUGGUAG